AAUUUUUAUUUCAAAAUGUUCGGAUGGAUUUCUCGUCACCCAGUAUAUGCCGCACUCACAAUUGGAGCUGGGACCGUUGCCGCCUCUGAGGUGAUUUGGUUCCUGAUUAAAUAUGUGCGCAACAAGAUUAAAUAUGAAAAGUCUCAAAUCCACGAGGUUCUUAUAUUCAACGAGUUGGGCUACACUUGUUUCGCUGCUCAUAGAUUGUACAUCAAAGAUUGUAAUAAUACUCAUUGCGCUCAGCGAAAUAUCGAUCGCAUCGUCCAACUGAUAAAUCAGGCCAAAUACAGCAUUGACCUCGCCAUUUUCUCAUUGAGCUUUCCAGAAAUGUUGAAUGCCCUUAGACAAGCCCUUCUUCGUCACGUCAAAGUUCGCAUUAUUAUCCAUCCUAAAACAUAUUCACUAAGUCCGGAUGUUGCAAUCCUGUCGCAGAAAGGAGCCCGUAUUCGCAUCGCGUGCUCCACAAGGAAGAUGAUGCAUCAUAAAUUUUGUGUGAUCGAUGGAAGGAAGCGCAUCGAUAACUUGAUGCAGUUGCAGGUUAUUUUAUUUGAGCCGUACAUCACAUGGCCGGUGGCGAUCAACGGUUCGGCCAACUGGACAUCGAGCAGUAUGGGCGGCAACUAUGAGAACAUCAUCAUCAGCACAAAUAAGAUAAUUGUGACAAAGCUUGAAACGGAAUUCGAGCGUAUGUGGAAAAUCUUUCAGUCUAGAUAAAAAACAAUCUUUAAAUUAGAAUAAAAUAUUAAGUUAUUGUUAAACUGAUAACAACAUGAUUAAUCCCAUAAUCAUAAUCUCAUGAUGAAACCCAUAACAAACGUGAAUCUCUUUCUGUUGUGAAUAUUAAUAAUAACAUGAAAUGUAAUAUAAGUCGGAUAUAUUUUAUUUAUGCCAAUUAAUUUUUAUUAAGAUAUACAUUUCUUUUGGUCGAGAAAACCGAUCUUAUCAUUAUCAGAAUAUAUAAUUUACAUAAAGUUCUGAACUAUGCCUAUUCAAUGAA